UUUCCAGGUGGGAGCGGGGCGUUGUCGCUCCAAGCAGGCUGGGGCGAGGGCGACUCGCUCUCGCUCUCUUUCCACCCCCACGCCGCAGUGUCCACCUGUCGAGUGCGGAGGAGAGCGUCGGUCUGGGGCUCCUUUUUCCACCAGCAGCACUGCCUCAAUGCACAGGGCCCUCUCCCUCCCCUCCUCCCUGGGCUGCAGGAGGGCAGCGGCAGCAGCAGCAGCAGCAGCUCCCCUUUCCCCAAACGCCUGCCUGGCCCGCAGCAGCAGCAGCAGCGCCCGUCUCCCGCUCCCUCUGCCGCCGGCACCCUUCCCCUUCCCCUUCCCCUUCCCCUCGCCCGCGCCAGAUGCCUUCCCAUCCUUCCCCUCCUCAACCCGCUUCUGCUUCCCGCCCGCGCGAAUCCCCUGAAGCCGGGGCUGCUGCAGUGCCCCCUCCGGGGCUGGGGGCGGCGCUGGGCCCGGCCGUCUCGGGGCCGGAUGGAGCCUCUUGGCCGGGGCCGGAGCAACACCUCCUCGGCGAGGCCGGGCUGCCUGGCUGGCUGGCGGGUGGAUCGGGAGGCCGGGCCGGGGGGAGCCGGAGCCCUUUGUGUGUGCGCGAGAGCGGGGAUGGUGCCCGCAGCCGCUUGGCGUCUCCUGCUCAGUGAGAUUCAGAGGUUGGCAGCCCCCCUCUUGUGCAGCUGAAGAGCGUGUAAGUGUAAACAAGUGACCAAGAGAAGGAGCUUUUCAGCAGCUGCCAAGAUGGGUAUGAGGAUCAAGCUGCACAGCACUGACCACCCCAACAAUUUGCUGAAGGAACUUAACAAAUGCAGGUUGUCAGAGACUAUGUGUGAUGUUACCAUCGUGGUGGGUAGCCGUUCCUUCCCAGCACACAAAGCCGUGCUGGCGUGUGCAGCAGAUUACUUCCAGAACCUUUUCCUCAAUGCAGGACUGGAUGCUGCCCGUACCUAUGUGGUGGAUUUCAUUACUCCUGCCAACUUCGAAAAGAUCCUGAGCUUUGUUUACACGUCAGAGCUCUUCACAGACUUGAUCAAUGUGGGUGUCAUUUAUGAGGUUGCUGAAAAAUUGGGUAUGGAUGAUCUGCUGAAAGCCUGCCACUCAACCUUCCCAGAUUUGGAAAACUCAGCUGUCACUAAGCAACCCUCUGUCAUAGGUGAAAGCCGACCAAGUGGUGCUCUGGCUGAGCCAAACCAUUCUCUGGGUGAAAUCCGAAACAGUGGGGAGCAUGUGGGACCAGAGCGGAAUUGCAGUAUGCAUGGGGAAGCAGCAGGUGGUUACAAAGAAGAUCCUGUGAACGAAGCCAGCCAUAACUUAAUGCAUCCUCAGACUCCCAAAACAGAAGAACAGGAAUCACCAACACAGUUCAGCGGUGCCAUGAGCAUUGUGACCCAAGCUAGUCUCAGCAAUAUCAGCAUGGCUGUUCAGGGUACUGUGAACUCUUGCCAGCCCUAUAAGAUCCAGAGCAAUGGGGAUUACAGCAAAGGGCAUUUUUUUGCCUCUGAUGCCUCAUUGGAUAUUUCCACAGGCAGCAACUCCUGCCCUAGCAAUAGUGACCACUCCAAAGACCAGGGCUUUGGGCAGAUGGACGAACUGCAGUUGGAAGACCUGGGGGAAGAGGGGCUACAUUUUGAAGAUCCCAGUGAUGAACUAGUUGCUGCAGAGGAAGUUAUCGAGCUGAGCGAUGAUAGUGAAGAGGAAUUAUCCUUUGAGAAUGACAACCGGGAUAACAAGGCCAUGCCCUGUCAAGUGUGUAAGAAGGUUUUAGAGCCCAACAUACAGCUGAUUCGCCAACAUGCUAGAGACCAUGUCGAUCUCUUGACUGGCAACUGCAAGGUCUGUGAGACCCACUUCCAGGACAGGAACUCCAGAGUCACCCAUGUCCUGUCACACAUUGGCAUAUUCCUCUUCUCCUGCGAUAUGUGUGAGACGAAGUUUUUCACCCAAUGGCAGCUCAAUCUCCAUCGCCGAGAAGGAGUGUUUGACAACAACAUCAUCAUCCAUCCCAGUGACCCACUGAUAGGGAAGGCCAACUUGUUUGGUGGGGAACUGGCAUGUGCUGCCUGUGGGAAACCUCUGGCCAGAGAUUUUCACAUGGUUCGGGGCCACAUCCUGGACCAUGUGAACUUGAAAAGCCAAACAUGUGGGGUGUGUGACCAGCGGCACCACAGCCUCUGCAGCCUGAUGUGGCACACGCUUUCCCAUUUGGGCAUCUCUGUCUUUUCUUGUUCUAUUUGUGCCAACAGUUUUGUGGACAGGCACCUCCUGGAGAAGCACAUGGCAGUCCACCAAAGUAUGGAGGAAGCCCUCUUCCGGUGUCACUACUGUGGCCAGGCUUUCAAGCUGGAAGCUGCUUACCGCUACCAUGUAAGCCAGCACAAGUGUAGCUCCAGCUUGGACCUUGUCAGGCCUAGCUUUGGUGAUAGACUCCACCAACAAGCACUGCAGAAGAGGAAGCUGACAGAAGAGUUCCUAAGUGAGGAUGUGGCUCUUCAGAGCCAACCUGGCAACAGUAAGUACAGCUGCAAGGUGUGCGGAAAGAGAUUCGCUCACACGAGCGAAUUCAACUACCACAGGAGGAUCCACACUGGGGAGAAGCCCUAUCAGUGCAAAGUGUGCCACAAAUUCUUCCGUGGGCGUUCCACCAUCAAGUGCCACCUGAAGACACACGCAGGAGCCCUCAUGUACCGGUGCACAGUUUGCGGCCACUACAGCUCCACCCUUAACCUUAUGAGCAAGCAUAUAGGUGUGCACAAAGGUAGCCUCCCGCCUGACUUCACCAUUGAGCAAACUUUCAUGUACAUCAUUCAUUCCAAAGAUACGGAGAAAAACACAGACAGCUGAUGCGGCAGUGCUAGGGUCGCAACACACUGCUUGGUGGUAGCAGUGGAGCUGGCUUCAGUUUUUUGUUUUAAAAUAACAUAACUUUUAAUGGUCAAGCAUCAUCAGCAUUGUACUUUGUUUCCCUCUGCCUUGUUAGGGGGCUUCUUAAAUUGCUGUCCUGUGAAAACAACAACACGUUAAAUGUGUUGUUCUCAAGAAACCCGUCAGGUUUACCUCCUACCGAGUUCAAUGCUCAUCAUUUUAAAUCUAGGAAAUCGACUAUAUAUAUUUUCCCCCAAUGGAUAGGUUUCCUCCCCAUGUUUCUCCCCCCCCACUCCUGAAUAUCUAAUCUGAGAUUGCUAAAAGAUUUAUGCUGCUAAAAUAUAUUGAUGUUCCACGUCAAUAGACAGGGAUCGCCAGGAAGAGAGAGAGAGAGAAAGGGAACUGCUUUUGUGCUGCUGUUGGGAGGAUGCAAGUUACAAAACUUACAGCACAAUCCUAAGCAUGUUUACGUGGAAGUAAGUUGCACUUUGUUUCAUGGGACUUAAUCCACGCCUAGUAAGUGUGCUUAGGAUCAUUAGCCUUAGGUUCUAGUCAGAGAAAUCUGUGUUCCCCUUGCACUAGGGUUGCCAACUUUUUGUUAAACUGUUACCUUUUAACAGCAAUGUGAUCUACAGACUUUAGCAGGGGAUUGUGCUUGUCUCCGUGCUGCGAAAAACAUCUGCUGAUUUUAAUAUAUCUAGCUGCUGUUAAAGGCACAAGAGCAGGGCAGGCUGAAGUUUUCUUGUUAGUCGGCCACACUAUCUCGCACCCAACCUCAAUUUGCCUUAUUCUGUUUCCUAAAGAAUAAUGAGCUGGUUGUAUGAAGUUGCAAGGGAAGCAAAUCAAAAUUGAGACACCCAGAGGUGGAGCAGGGUGGAUGGGUGGGAGUCCAGUUUUGCCAAAUGUGAAAAAGUUUGAUUAAUGUUCAGGGUGGAUGAGAAAGUACCUUCAGAAAGAGCCUUUCGCUUUGGGACAGGACAUAACAUUUUGCUGUUUUUAACAAUGGUGUUUAGUCUCCAAUAUCCUCUUUCCAAAAGGAUCUGUUCUUAGGAUAUUAAUGAGCAGCUCCUGGAUUCCUCACUUCCUGCAACGGUAUCUUAAUACUGCUGUAGGAUUCUGCCAGUCUAAAUGUCUGUCCCGAACAAUGGCAAGUGUCCAUGAUACUGAGGGUGUCUGUCAUAACUAUGUGGACAGUGUCAGGAAUUCUAUAAGUGUAUUUGACAAGAUAGUGUUGCCUUAAGGAAAUGUUUCUAGAAGGAAGAAUGAGCAUUUAGGGCCUUUUUGGUGUUUUUUUGUUUUGUUUUGGGGGUGGGUUUUUUUGUUUUUUUUUGUUUUUUGUUUUGCACAAUAAGUAGUUUUUACUGAUAUUUAGUGGGGGAUUUGGCUGUCUUCUCUCAAAAGCAGCACUUUCAUUGUACUGAUAUCAUACCAUAGCAUUUUGCUGCAGGGAAAAUGUGAUCCCCUUCCUGCCCUUCAGCCACCACUUCCAUUGUGACUAUGUUACAUGGAACAUGUGUGUGUGUGAGAGUGAGAGUGAGAGAGAGAGAGAGAGUGAGAGAGAGAGAGAGUGAGUUGCCUGUUGGGGUGAAAUCAAUUGUUACUUUUGUAGAGCAGUGGAGCCAGUUUGGACAUAUCCUCGCCACAUUCAGUACAAACAUAUCUUUCUCGGACUGAAUUCUUUGUGUGGGUGGGGGAAUAUGUUUUUCAUCCUUGCUGAGGGAAUAUGUUUUUCAUCCUUGCAGCAAAAACCAGCUGUCAAUGGUGCCAAUUGGCUAGGGAUGUGUGAAACGUUUCAGAUACAAAAUGUUUUGUACCCAAAACAGCCUGUUUCGGGUGUUUUGUAGACAAAACAAAACACCCAUUUUCCAGAGCCAAAAGUUUUGUAUACAAAACAAAACGUCCCUGUUUCGGCUACAAAACGUUUUGUUGUUUUGGACCUCCAUUUUGUGGUGAUCUCUGAGUCAGUCUCCAUUUUGUGUUUGACAUCUCUUUGAAUUUCCCACCCUUCCAGCCUUGUGAUCGGUGACCUAAAGCAUGGGCUAACCUGCUGACAAUUCCCUCCUUGUUCCCCACUGGCUCUUUUGGUUCUUGCCGCUCUUUACUGACCCCACAUUGGCCAGGGGAAGGGUUGCUAACCCAUGUGGUGCUGGGUUCUGUUGUUUCUGUGGUUUUCUGAGUGUAGAUUCUCUGGUAGCAUAUGAGAGUGGAUUCUUGUUUUUCACUGAAAAUCUCAUAUAAUACCAGAGAAUCUACAAUGAACACCUCAGAAACACAGAACCCAGUACCCCAAGGGCUUGUGGGUAUGGAGGUGGUUGGCACCCUAUGUGCACUACACAACCCCACACUCUGGGAAACCCCAGUGCCCCCCAAGUGGAAUUAUGGGGCUUCUGAAACCUCCAUUAUUCCCUAUGGGAGAAAUCUUAAAAGACACGUAAACUUCAACAAUUCACAAAAGAUCAGCCCUUUGCCCAAUGGAGAGGAGAACUGGUCUUGUGGAUGAGCAUGACUUGUCUCCAUAGCUAAGCAGGAUCUGCCCUGGUUGCAUAUGAAUGGGAGACUUGAUUUGUGAGCACUGCAAGAUAUUCCCCUCAGGGGAUGAAGCUGCUCUGGGAAGAGCAGAAGGUUUCAAGUUCCCUCCCUGGCUUCUCCAAGAUAGGGCUGAGAAAGAUUCCUGUCUGAAACCUUGGAGAAGCCGCUGCCAGUCUGCGAAGACAAUACUGAGCUAGAUAGACCAAUGGUCUGACUCAGUAUAUGGCAGUUUCCUAUGUUUCUAAUUCUUUUGAGAUAAUUCUGGAAGUUUCCUUGCCCCCAUUGGGCACUACCACCCACCACACUCUGCUCUGGGUCAUCCCUUUCCCCUUGAUUUGAAGCGAUACAUUUGCUGGAAUCCCCAUUAUUCCCUAUGGGAAAAUUCUUAAAGAUGUGUAAAAAAAUUCACCAAAAAUCAGCCCUUUGCCUAAUUCCUUUGAAAUUUGGGUGGUAGCUUCCACCCAUUGGACACUACCACCCACUCUUUUUGCCCUGGGACCCUUUUUAAAAAUCCAAAUUGAUUCGGAUUUGGAUUAGGGAAAUUCGGCUACAAAACAAAACAGGGCUGAUUCGGAUUCAGAAAAUUUGGGUACAAAGCAAAACGGGGGUGUUUCAAUUUGGAUACAAAUUGAAACAAGAAAAUUCCAAAAUGCACACCCCUACAAUUGGCUAGUGCCCAUUAUAUUACUGUGACACAUGAAUAUUAAAUACUAUAGCUGUCUUCACCCUUGGAUAGUGCCUGUGACAUAACAACUGCUAAGCAACAUAACUUCCCCCACCCCUGUGCAAGCGCAAUUUUGUACCGUUUUACAGUGAUUUAUUAUUCGUAUUUUAAACAUCUUCAUUAGAGGUUCCCCUGCUGGAAUGCUAAUCUAGCCCUUUAAGAAGUCACCAACAAAACUAUCCCUUCUCCCUCCUCGUAGCAGCAAUGCCCUGCCAUUCGCUGCUUUUUUUGUUUUUAGUUAUUUGAAGGCUGUGUACUUUCCACCUCUAGCCUGAAAUAUGUAUCUUCCCUGGUGUACCAUUGUACCAUCUGCAGCACCCCUCGUCCCACCCUUUCACUGUGUGAGAACCGGAGCAUACUACUGAUGCUGGGUUUGUGUUAGCAGGAGCAUUUAGCUAGCAGGAACUACUGCUACUACUACUUAUAUACCAUUGUUCAACAAAGGUUCUCAACAUGCUUUAAACAGAAAAAUAAUAAAUAAAAUAAAGGUGGUUCCUUGUCCCCAAAGGGCUCACAAUCUAAAAAGAAACAUAAGUUUGACACCAGCAACAGCUAUUGGAGGAGUGCUGGGAUUUGAUAGGGCCAGUUGCUCUCCCCCUGCUUAAUCUAAGAGAUCUACUACUUUAAAAGGUGCCUCUUUGCUCCGUUAGCAGGAAGUGCAGGUUAUACGUCCUCUCAAAAGACCUAAAGUAUUUGUCCCCUGUGGCAAAGAAAAAUUGGUGAUUGAAUCAUGUACAAUAAGGGAUCCUGCUGUCCCUCAGGGUAGAGUUGGAGCCUUCCUACCUUUUGGCUGUCUCUUCCCCUUUUGGUGCAACACUGUUGUUUUUAACAGGUGCUGGCUGGUGGGAUGCAACUGAGCAAAGAGAUCGCAAGGCAAGGCAUGACUAUGUUUGGAUUAUGCUCAUGGCUUAAUUCUGUAUGUUGUAACCCAAAUUCUCCCCACAAGUAGUUCCGUGUGAAAUCCAGGCGGGGGAAUGGAUGAGAGAGGUGAAUGUUGAUACAAAAAGCAGCUGACUUGAGAUCUGCCCCUAGGUGUAAUGCAAACUACCUCACAAAGAGGAAGCACUGGAGUCUUAGUAGCCGCCAUUGUGUACAAGUAGGCUCUUGGGCUUCCGUCUCUCUCUCUCUCUCUCUCUCUACACACACACACACACACACACACACACACACACACACACACACACACAGACACACACAGAGUAUAUAAAGACACUGUUAAAGAACAGAAAUCAACAUAACACCGCACUAGACUAUGAAGUGAGGGUGGGAAUUUCAGUUGACAUUCCCUAAUUCCAGUAGGGCAGCUUUGGGCAGGUUGCUUUGCUUCUUUGCUUACAGUACCUACCUCUAAGAGUAUUGUGAAGAUUAACUGUUUUGAUGUGUGUCAAGAAGUAAAAGCACUUAUGUAUGUCAUGUUUUCAUAUCCAACAGUAAUCUUAACUAGACCCAUUGUGUUGCAAAUUUUCAGGCAUAUCUCUUUGUUCCUUUCCCUCUUGUGGCCUCAGGAUGGCAAACACCAAAUGAGAUGCAAUGAGAAAUUUGACUCCUCUAUACAGCAGACAGGGCUAUCUGUCAGUAUAAUGAAUUCUAGCAGUGCUCUGUGUAAGUUCUGAAAGCUGCCUCAGGGCAUAACCACUACUACUAGUACUAGUACUACUACUACUACCGCUCGGACUGGACCUGGGGUGGUUGUACUCGAAUUUAGAUUGGGAGGGCUUGAGCAAGAACCUGGGACCUGGAAUGUAGCAAGAAGAAGGUACUGCUGUUGACCAAAGGCAGAAGGCUAGUGUUUAUACUAGGCCUGGCCAAUGAAGAGGCUUCAUACUGCCUGCCAAUUGCCAUGUUUGAUGUUAAUACCCUUACUCCCUUCUGUGCCUAAAGAGGGCUGUGUGGGGUGAUCAUGCAGUCCAUUGUAGCUUACCUUUAGAUUCCAUCCUCAGGCUAUAAAACUCCUUGCUCGAAUCCCAACUCCCAGGCAAUUCAUAUUUAUGUAUUCCAACGAUGUUCCAGGUGCUGCACAGAACCAACUUUCCGGUAAUGGUUAGGAUGAGGCCUUCAUUGGGAGUGGUGGGGAAAGAGUUGUAUUGGACCAUCUCUAGUAAGAAUUCCUUCUUUAAGUCAAAGCAGAAUUUUAGAGCCAUGAUCUUUGGGUUCUCUAGUGCCAAACCUGUCCUGCUGCUACCCAUGAUAAACAAGGACAAGGAACAACAUUUUUUUUUAAAAGCAUUUGCAAUAGCAAGGAUGUGAAGCAUUGGGCUUGGUGGUUAGGGUGUUUGGAGCCAGACAAUCCAGGCCCCAUUUCUGGUUCUGUCACCAAGUGUAGCCUUGGCCAAAUAUUGUCACCUGUCUGCCUCAAACGCACUCCCACCCAUUCACCCCAGAUCUCUAAGAAUGAAGACUGGGGAAAUACUUUAAAAUACCUACCUCACACGGGAAAGUUUGUGAGGUGUAGUAAAUGUCUGUAAAGUGCUUUGGAACCCUUAGGCUUGUAGAAAGACAAAGUAUUGUAAUUAAAUAGCUCUGCUCUGUUUGACAUGCUACCAUUUGUGAAGAAUCUCUCCCUUCCAUUACCACCACAGUAGGGGAGGGUUCAGGCAUGGAACAAGUAUUCCAUUCUAACGCAGAAAAUUUCGAAAAUAAAAAAUGUUUUGGAGACAAGUGCUUUAUUAUUAUUAUUAUUAAUAAUUAUGAUUAUUUUAUUAUUGUAAACUCAAACUUAUGCCCUCCCCCUCCUUUUCCUCCAAAGAUGCAGAUGUCUUGAAACAAAACAGAAAAACAAAACAGAGCAUCGUGAUUGCUGUCUAACCUUUUGGUUAAGUUAAUAGUAGGUACUGACCUCCUGGUUAUUUAAGUGUUUACUAUCUAUUUGCUGUAAAGUUUGUAUAUUUUGUAAAACUUUUCUCCUUCCUCAAAGAAAAAAGUAGAUGUCUAAAAUCGUUGUACAUCGGAUUCUUUUAUACUCCAUUGUUUGGCACAAAAGUGUGGUUUUUAUUUAGAAUAAUAAAAUGAAAAACAUGA